CCAACCAACAACAUAAAAUAAAAACAUCAAGUUUCCAGAGAUUAAUUUUUUAUGAAAAUUAAAAAACAAUUGAGUUUUCUGAAUGGAAACGACUUUAGAAGAGAAACAGAAACUAGUUGGAAGAAAAAAUUAAAAGUAGAAAUACAUUAAACGAUAAAUACGCAAAAAUAAUGUUGGUAUUGUUGUAAAUAAGAGAAAGUGGGUGAGAAAAAAUCUGAAUGUGCCAACUAAUGACAUUUUAAAAGAAAACAAAACAACAACACUAAAAUACUGCGUAAAAAAAGUUGCUGAAAGGAGUGGGAGUUGUUUUGGCGAUUGGUAUUUGACUCUGUCAGAAAGGGCAUGAAAGGUCUAGUUGGCGGAUGGCCACGAUGAUGUCGUAGAGGAAUUUUUUCUCAUCUGUCUCUGUACAUGUGUGUGUGUGUUUGUGUAUGUUUACAUAUUGUGCGUGUGAAUCAUUUUGCAAUCAACAUGCUAAAAACCACGUAGAAAAAGUUAAAUAACAAAAAAAAUAAAUUAAACAACAACACAAGCGUAACGUGAUCUGAUAAAGGGAUAAAAUACAACAAUAACAACACAUGAGACAUCGGCAAAAAAAUAUUUGAUUCAAAAACGUAAUACCUGCUGUAAUACCCAUUUCAUUGCAAAAAUUGAUUGAAAAUGUAAAUUUUUGUGGGUACAGCAGCUCCCAAAAAAAUAAAUGACAAGAAGCCGAAGGAGGAGGUGGAAAGAAAGUGAAGAAGUAGUUAGUUGUUGCACAUUACAUUCUUCUUAUAUAGAACGUACCUUGUUGUAUUUUGGCGAACAAGGUAAACAAAGAAGGCAGUACAAAAAAGUGGUUUGUCAACUUGUGGCGUCUCAUCGUCAAACUCAGAACAGGGACGAAAGCCCUUCUACAAGAACAACAAUUGCAGCCUGCCACACUACGGCUGACGACUACUGCUGCUGCUGCCGCCACCACUGCUGUUGGUAGAAGGAAAAGAAGAAACAAUAAAAGUAGUAGCAUCGAACAGCAGUUGCAUUCAUUUCACACCAAAUACCAACAAACAGAAGCAACAAAAAGAAAAAUUGUCACCCGAUAUUUAAUUCGGCAGCAGCUGUAAUAUACAUUUUUCCCGGAUAGUUUAAUACCUAGUUUUGUGAGAUAUCCAACAAUUAUGGCAACAGUUACUCGAAGCAGCAAUAGUCCUUCCAUUUCAUUAACUUCACCGCUGGACCCCAGUCUUUUUCCAUUGAAGUCAAUAAAUGAUGUUGUCAACUUUUUCAAAAGAUCCUUAGAACUGUACCACAGUCAUUGUGUGGAACCUGAUUUGACUUUGCUGUCAAUUGUUGCUGGCUACAUUGAGUUGUCGUUGACAACUGGAGAUGCAGCUCAGGCCGCACAGGCAACCAUCAAUUCAACGACAACCUCGUCAUCAGCCUCGGGUGCAUCAACGUUAGCCGGCAUUGUGGGCAACACGUCGACAGCCAACACACACGACAUCAUCAAAAGCAAUUCCGUUCCUUUCCCGGUGGUGACUUAUGAACUUGUUUCUGGUCUCUAUAAGAAAUUCCAAAGUAUAUUAUCCAUAGUGGAUAAACCGAAGGUGUCAUCAACAUGCAACAGUCGACAAGCAACCAGAGAGGUUAUAAAAAAGGUAUCCGAUGUCAUAUGGCAUUCGUUGAUACGCAGCAGCUACAAAGAUCGUGCCCACCUACAAAAUCUCUAUACAUAUCUAUCGGGUAAUAAGUUGGAUUGUUUUGGUGUAGCGUUGGCUGUGGUGGCUGGAUGUCAAUUGCUUGGAUAUCGUGAUGUACGUUUGGCCAUAUCCGAGGAUCAUGCCUGGGUGGUUUUUGGCAAUAAGAAACUGGAAACAAUUGAGGUGACAUGGCAUGGCAAGGGUAGUGAGGAUAAGCGAGGUCAAGAUAUACAGGCGGGUAUUGAGUCAGGGUCAUGGCUAUAUUUGGGUGGUUAUCCUGUUGUGUGUGAUAAACCAAUGGAGGUGGCAGCCAUUGCCUCGGCCAUCAACAUUUCCCUGUCAAGCAAUAGCGAUUGUGUGGAGGUAGCCGAAAUGCAGCAACGUUUACUGUGGAUGUUGUACGAUAUGGGUCAUCUAAGGAAAUAUCCCAUGGCAAUUGGUACCCUUGGUGAAUUGGAGGAAAUCAAUCCAACACCUAAACGUGUGUCCUGUGACCAACUAUACCGCGAAGCCAUAGAAUCUGCCCGGGCCCAUUAUCAAAAUCAUCAUGUCUAUCCGUACACGUACCAGGGCAACUACUAUAACCGCCUGAAUAAAUAUCGUGAAGCCUUUGCCGCCUGGGCCAAUGCUGCCGAUGUUAUACGCCUGUACACCUAUCAAUGUCGUGAUGAUGAAGAAAUCUACAAAGAACUAUUGGAUAUUGCCAAUGAAAUGAUACCCUAUGUUAUGAAAACCGAAAGUUCUGGUCAUUCAGCACGCAGUAUCCUAAGAGAUUCGGAGGUUUUUGCAAAUCUCUUGAGAUUUUAUGAUGGCAUUUGCCAAUGGGAAGAGGAUAGUUUGACGCCAAUUCUUCAUAUUGGUUGGGCCAAACCAUUGGUCAAUAAUAUUUGUAAAUUUGACUAUGAUGUUAGGUCGCAAGUUAUAAUUAAGGUACCCGAAGAUGAACCGCAGGCGGUUCACAGAGGUGCUACAUCGGCGACGACGUCCAUGGAUGUGGGAAGUGAUGAGACUUUAAAAGAGGCUAAAACAAUGGGUGAAUCGACAACAACAGCGGAAGGAAACAAUAAUUCACUGAAAAAGGAAGAGAAAACAAAUGAUGGCAACAAAUCUGAAAUGCCAACAACAUUAUUGGCCGAUUUGACAGCUGCUUGCGGUGAAAAGAUUCUAAAUCCAGACUUGCUACUGCAGGGAUUACGACAGGGCUACAAUUUAUCACCGCCCGAGGAUUCAGCGAUUUCCGGUUCAUCUCAAGACCGUCAGAAUAAUACAAAUCGGCGUACGGGCUUCCUUUUCGCCGCUGACCAACAACUAAAACAAAAACGCAAUAAAGAAUCUAACGACGACAAUAGCAGCUUAAAUGGCAAAGAUGAACACAAAUAUGAUGUUACACCUGCAAUUGGCAGCAAUACAUUGGGACAAUCAAUAAACCAUACGAUAACGAGUAACUUAUCGGUGGCAAUGCCGGAACCACCUUUAGAUGAUGAUGAUCCAUUGAAACAUAUGUUCAAAACACCCGUCAUCACCUUAUAUAGUCAGAAAAUGAAAGGACUCAAAGAUCUACUGCUGGCCGAAAAAUUGAAUACCCAUGCAAUCUCGUUACAAGUGACAGCACAAUCAGUUGCCAGCCGUAAGGUUCGUGGUGUUGAUAAACUCGGUAAUCAUACAACAAAUUCAACAUAUUCAUCGGCAAAUGUCGGAGCAGCGGGUUCUGCAUCUUCGGGUGAUACAUCUGCGGCGGCAAACGAUUCAAUUGCCGUAUCGCGUCCCAAACGUACACGACGUGAAUGAGUUCAGUGUAACAAUUACUGCUGUGACAGCGGGCUGUGUCAGUGGUAAGAUUGUGCUAAGUUUUGUUCUUGUUGGUACUGUUAAUCACGGUGGGUGGAUGGUGUCUGUCAGGCGUUUGUUCCUCUUGUUUUUAUUGUAAGUGUAGAUAAAAACUUUUUGUUUUCUCUAGAAUUCCUUUUGCUUCAGUAGACAGGGUUUACAGAAAUAAUUGCAUCUCUUUUUUGCCACUUUUUUAAAAUUCCCAACCAUACAAUACAAUUUUGAUCCUUAAAAAGGAUAGAGAGAGAAAUUAAAACAAUUAUUUUUUAGAACCCAUAGACAUUUGUUAAAUGAUUCCAAUAUAAAAUAAUACCUUUUACCACAAUGUGGUGUAGGGUAUAAAAAACAUUGAAAAAGCCAAGCUACAAGUAAGAAAAGAAAUUUGUCCGAUAACUUUUGAAAAUAACCCAGUAAUUUUGUAUCCUCCACAAGUACAUGUAGUAUUAAGUUAUAAACCAUUAUUACCUUGUCUUGUAACAAAAUCUAUUUUCUUUAGAAAGUAGCGCCAAGCGUCUUGUUUUGUAAGAUAUAUCUCCAAAAAAAAUUGCUUUUUCUUUAUGAACUUCAAUGUUUGUAUAUAUGUAUUUUAAUAAGGUAGUUUUUUAUUUGCCUUACCCUAUGGCUCUGUGUUUAUUUAAUGGUGCUCACUGUUUUGUUUUUACAUUUCAUGUUUUGUGUUAAUAAUUUAUGUUUUUCAAUAAUUACAUUUUAUAAAAAAAAAAAAUUUUUUUGUGGUGCAAUAUAAGCUGUAGAGAAAACUUUACACUCCCAUUUCAAGCAAGAUCAAAAGGAAUUCAAAUCAAUUGACAUAGCAAAGCAAAAAAUUCCUUUCAGAAAGUAAUUCCGAGGGAGAAAAGUAGGCAUCACGCAAGUUCUAUAUAUGGUUGCGUAAUUCAAAGGAGUCAAAUCAUAACAAUGAAUAUAUAUUAAGUUUAGUGUCAUAUAGUCAAAAAUGGUCUUAAUGUCGGAUCUUAUAUGGGCGCUUCAAAAUGUAUUUUUCGCAAAAUUUGGAAAUAUUUAUAAAAAAAAAAUCAAACAUAUCCCCGCAAUCAUAACAUAACUUAUGUGGUACCAUCUCUUUAUACCCUCAGCCAUAUGGCUAGAGAAGGUGUAUAUCAUUUGAGACGGCCAAAACGUGCUUAAUCCACAUACGGUUUUAGACCCUAGGUCUCUUUGGUUCAAAUCCGUUUCAGGAUAUUUGGAGUCGAUCUAGCGAUGUCCGUCUGGUACCCACGAUAACUCGAAGGAAGUAUCCCAUUUGUCAAACUUAGAUCGAGUUCGGAGAUGGGCAAUAUCCAUCCAUUCCUUCUGGUACCACCCCCACAAAAGGUCAAAAUUUUCAAAAAAAAUAUUUUCUGCACAGAAUGAGAAACGACAACCCGAUUUUGCUCCAACUUUGCAAGUAUUAAUAAUUGCUUUAGUGCUAAGUCAGGUGCGAAAAUGGAAAAUAUCGGUCCACUCCAUCGAGUACCUCCCCCACAAAGGUUCAAAGUUUUGAAUAACCAAAACGUUUAUAAAAUCCGAAAUAAGCAUCAGUUCUCUUUAUAUUUCACACACUCCAUUAUUUCCAUUAACAAAAGAUCCGUUGUGAAGAUGGGAUAUAUCGGUCCACUCCUUCUGGUACCUCUCCCACAAAGGCUCAAAAUUUUGAAUAGCCAUGAAGCUCAUAAAAAGCGAAAUUGACAUCCGAUUCCUUUCAAGAAAUGGUAAAUCCCAAUAUUUCCAUCAACACAACACAGUCCAAACCUAGCACGUCGCAAUAUUUAUAACAUAUUUAUUUAGGACCAACACGAAAUGGCCAAUAUUGGCCCAUUCCUUCGGAACCUACAGCAUAAGGGGUUAAACAUUUGAAUAAUCAUAACAAAAGUCAAAAUAUUUUUAAAUAAUCGAACAUUGGCUGAGGGUAUACAGCUGUCGGCAAAACCGACCGACUUUUUUACUUGUUUGGAAAAUUUUCAUGCUUCUUCCGAAUGGUGGAGGAUAUAAAAAUUCAGGGCGGCCAAACUUUGCUGAUUUUGUACUUGCUGUUAGUCACCUUGGCGUACGAACUUCUGGCCUGUAUAAAGUUUGCUGAACCUCUUUUCCAUGAUAUUCGUAAAUUCUGACUGUCUGUGGCAAUUCCAGCCAUAUAAACAAUAUUUGGGUACCUGCGUGUCUCCUAACAUAUUUGUGAAUCUGCUCAUUUAAUAAACUGGUCUAUCCCAUUGGAUAGCCGUUUCCUGCAAUAAGUUGCCCAUGGAAGCACUUUAUGGUGUGACUUUGCAUUGCCACUACCAUUUUUUAAUGUCAAGAACACCCCUUGACUCCUAAAUUAUAAAUGCUCCCGUUUAUAUUUUCAAAUAAUAUUGCCACUGCGGGAAGACUGAGCCCAUAACCUUAUAAUAUUGAAGAUAAAAAAAAUUAACUAUUUGUCUGUAUUCGCACAGAAACGAAUUCGCGCGUAAUUAACUUCAAGAAUGCUUUUGUCAAAAGAAUACAAAGAUAAAGCAGAGUUGCCAUUUCUUACAUAAAUUAUAUAAAUACGGUAUAUUUUUCAUUUCAAGCAUCAAUUCUGUGACAUUUCUCUUCUUAAGCUUUGUAUUGCACCACAAGCAAUCUUUCCAACGUAAUAAUAUUUUAUUUUAAUUAUAUCAACUAAAUAUUUAGUACACACGUAUGUAUAUACACCCGCGCAUAUAUGUUUUGUUUCUGUAAUACACUUCCUAUACUUUUGUGAUAUGUUUUUUUUAAUUUAUAAAUUUUUAGUAUUUCUUAUUUUAUAAAUUAAAGUAAAUAUUUAUAUUAUAAUGCAACAGGAAAAAUCAAACUUUUUUAAAUAUUUAAAAACUAUAAGUAAAAUAUAUAUACACAUAAAUAUUUAUAUAGUUUUUAAUGUUAUUAGUAUUUAAGCUAUAAUUAUUCAACUUAAUUUUUGAUUAAUUUGACUUUGAAAACAAUAUGACCUCUCUUCUAAUUAUUAAUACACAUAUAUAACGAGUAUGUAUAAAAACUAAUAUUUAUUUAUACAAAUACAAAACUUCAAGCACAAACUAUAAUAAUCGAAAACAAACAAAACAAAAAAAGGAAACGCUCAAAACUUUUUAAAAUAACUAAACUUUUGUUAACACAUUUAAUUGACAUGAAUGUAAAAAAGGAACAAGUAUUAGUUUCUGUCCCUUUAAAAACAAAACAAAAAUUAAAGAAAGGCAAUGAGAAAAAAACAUAAAAAGGACAUAGUGUUUGUUAACCAUUUGAUUGAUAAUAAAAACAUUUAAAAUGAAUUUUGUUAAAGACCGUCUGUGAUGUAUUGAAAAUAAAAAUAAUUCAAGCACAUUUAUUAAUAAAUAAUAAUCAAAUAAAAUAAACUUUCUUGAAAAUAAACAAAUAACAAACAAACAACAAAAUCGAUUAUAUUUAUUAUUAUGCGUACAAUAUCAUAUUAAUACGAAACACUUUUUUCUUUUAUUAAUAAAAUGAAUGUUUAAAUGUUUAAAAUUUAAAGAAAAAACAAAAAUUAAAAUAGCACGUACAUAUAUACGAAAAAAACAAACAACAAAAUGAAAACAAACUCCUCAAAGUAAGACAUUUUUCUAAUUUUGUCUAAAUCCCAGACAAAUUUUGAAAUGAAAUAAAUGUUGGGUUUGAAAAAAGUUGUUUAAGGACCCAUAAUUUAAAAUCUAUUCUAAUUGAGUUGGUUUUCAAAUGACAAAAUAUAUAUUUUGGGUCAAAUUAUGUUAAUCUUUUUGGAGUAAUGACAAAAAACGAAAACAUAAAAUAUCGAAAACUAUUAGAAACCCCUGUACAUAUAAAUUCAAUCAAAUGUUGUAAUAUUAUUGUUUUUCUCUUCGUUUUUAGGCCAGACAAACUAACUAAUCGAUAAAUAUUAAACAAACGUAACAAAAUACCAGAUUACCUUAUUUUCUUAAACAUUUUAUAACCUUAAAAAGUAAAAUACCAAAACGACGACGACAACAACAACAAACAAAACUGCAAACUUUUGGAAAAUUGUAUUUUUAUAUUCAAAAUUAUACCGUGUAAAAACAACAAAAUUGUUGAAGAAAAAUAUAUUUGGUUUUUUU